AUGGAGUCGAUAAAUCCUCAAACACGACCGGAGGAAGACGAGCAAAUCGAAUGCUGGGAUGAUGAUGACGAUUUACAAUUUACUGAGGGCCUUCAAUCCCGUGCGGCAUCCAGUACAGGGUCGAUGGCCAAUUCUUCAUUCCGACCAUCCGGUCAUCGCGAUUCGAUAUCGUCGAGGCGGUCUGCUCGGUCCGAUCUGGACUCAAAUGUUGGAGACGAAGACUGGCAGGUCCCUUUACAUGACAACGAUGAGUUCGCUAAAGAAGAAGCUCUCGCCUCGGCCAAAAAUGCAGGGAUUCCUAUUCCCGCCAACAUUCCUAGCUCUGCGCUUCUCGGAGGUGCCAUCAAGCGCCUGUCCAUUCGAAAGCCCAAGAGGAGCUUUGUAGAUGACUGGUCUGAGGAUGUAGAGCUCCCUGGUCCGGAUGCAAUACUACAACUCAGAACAGCUCAAGAGGUGAAAUUUCCAGAAUCAAUCCGACAGAUAAGCUCAACAGUUACAAGUCCGGUGAAGUCUACAGCUUCCUCAUCUUGGGAUGAGAACAUCCCAACUCGCCUGCAACCAGCGCUGGGAAAUCUAGAUCGCUUUCGGGAUAAUGAAGAUGAUGGCCCUAUCAAUUGGGAUGUUCCAACCAUUAAAGCACCCAACCCACGAUCCCCACAGAAGAUUGCCACAAAGGCGGCUGGAAGGAACCUAAAUGCGGAACAAGAAGCAGACUUUUUUGAUGAAGACCUUGAAUUGCCGCCAGACUGCCAAUCCCUACGACUAUCACAUCGAAAAGAUACUACUGGCGUCUCCAGCCCCGUUUUAGAGGACUUUGAUCUAGAAUGGUCCGAAGGAAGCAUCGGUGUCCGAGUUGGCGGGACAGCUCGAGAUGGCCGCUCAAUUCCUAGUUCCUCGAUAUCUAUCGCCAGCCCCAGCGUUUCAAGUUGUCUGACCGCGGAAAGUGAAGAGGACGGCCUGGAUGGCCUAGUAUUCCCAGAUGGACCAUUGGAUUUCACCGCGUCUCUCAAAAGACGAGAAGAGGAAACCACUCAUGAGAAUGCUGCCUUAGCGGAAGCCAAGCAGGAAUCUCUGGCUGGGAAGUCGUCGGACGCGGAUGACUUUUUCUCUGGCAUCGAGGUUGACAACGGGAAAGCUUUCGCAUCAAAGAAAUUAACCCUUAACCCCAAUGUAAAACGAAAGACAGAGUGGCCAGCCAGCCCAACGCGGCGAUCUUCAACAACCUUGACCUUCACUACUUCCGGCACUGGUGCAGUCAACACAGCAGGCUCCCCUCGCCAGAACACUCGCAUCCCACGCUUAUCUGGCCAUGACAGGAAUCAUUCGACCCAUCUUGAGACCGUUUCAGAAAGUGGUGCGCCAAUAUCUAAGUUCCAAAGACCCCAGUCCCGACUUGGGCAUUCGUCUCAGUCUUCAAUAUCCAGUCUUCAGUCUGCUAGUGUGGUUUCAAAUUCUCCAAAUCCAAACCCCGCAGGCCGAAGGCUUCUUGGAGCGCGAGCUCCUCAGGCCGCAGCCCCCGCCGGGGAUUCCUGUACGCCUCCCAGACAACUUCGCACGAAGAGGUCCUUGCCUUCCAUUCGUGGCGUUGCAUCCGCUUCUUCAGCUCAGAAUCCGCAACGAUUGCCAUCCAAUCCAGAUGGCUAUAUUCGUCCAUCAGUGAAUCGACCAAAGACACCAGUGGAACGCACGAUCGUGGGAGGAAGAACAUCUAGCCGGAGGCCGCCAGCUCCGUUCAUUCCACCAAGUGCAUCGGAAAGGCAGUCGCACCAAAACAACAUUAAAACAUACCGUCCUGCUCGUCGCCACAACUCUGAUAGCUCCAGUGACCUACUCAGUCCCCAAGGCACCUACUCUCGACUUUCACGAUCAAACCGACCGGAAGGUUUCCGUCUGAGCCUCGACGACAGCAAAACGGAGAGCGCUAGCCCAACGGCUAAACGCACACUAACUCGACCGACUAGGCGACGCAAUUUCGGAGAUGGAACCGAGUUGGAGUCCUUUGAUGAUUUGCCUACAUCGGUCUCAACAGAGAGCAGGUUUACCAAGAACCCUGCCGGUCGAGGUGCCCCUCGAUCAGUGCGUGCCAGGCUGAGCCAGAGCCGCAUUACUCCACCUGGCGAAUCCCCGACACAAUCCUCUACACCACCCACGAUCUCUAAGCCUCCGGCAUCUACGCCACGUUUUGCCCGAGACACGAAUGCCUCCCGGAAUGCGCGAGAGCAGCGUAUUGCAUCCAUAAACCCCCGAAACCGUGAUACGACCCCACUUGGUUCCUUCAAUCCGAAUUGGAAGGCCCACCCCAUAUCUCGAAUAUCUCCAAUUGCCGCGCCGAUUCGCAGCCGCAAAAGUGGAUCAUCCACCAAAUCUCAAUCUAAGCCUCAUUUGAUCAAGCCCAUGGGAUCGGGGGUGCAGGAGUCUAAAUCCGUGAGAGGCAUGCACUACAACCCUGACACUUUUCGUUGGGAAGGUAACGAAAACCUGGUACAGGAGUUCGACAUCGCGACUGCACCCAAAUCACCGAAACCCGCUCCAGCUCUUAUCAGUAAUGUGGGUGCUGUGAAUAAUGCCCAAGCUGUAGGUGGUAUGAUCUUUGAUCCACGGCGCAUGUGCUGGCUUCGAGCCACGCCUCUCGCAUCCGGGCAGCAAGGUGGAAUCGCUCUCGAGGACGAUGACGAUGUUUUUGCCGGCCUAGAUGAUUUAGAUGAUAAGACCAUCGGCAUCAAACGAGACUCUGAAACAGUGGUCGGAUCCACCCCUAAUACCACCAGGGAUGAUCCGAGUGCAGGGGAGUCUUCCGACGAAGGGCCCAUCACCGAAGAAUUUGAUGUGGGCCCAGAAUUCAUCCGCCGCCAGAGAGCAGAGGAAGAGAAGUGGAGGCGGAAGGUAGACAAGUGGAUUGGCUUUGACCGUGGAUAUGGUGAUGGUCACUGGCGAUGGGCCAUCCGCGACCUGACUGAUGGCAUGGGGCACCCCGCCGAUUAA